UGGUCCUCAGCAUCAGCAGCAGCUGCAUCAUCCGGACGGCAGGCUGGAGCCCUGGUACUCGUACACCCACUGGUUCCCCAUGGCUUCGGCCCAUGUGAUGAAGGACGGCGGGCCGGAGCCGAUACCGCGCAUGCAGCCCGCCAUGAUGAUGUUCUCCAGCAAGUACUGGUCCAGGAGGGGGAUGUCUCUGGACUCGGCCAUGUUCGACCAGCACAACCACCACCAUCAGCAGAGGCACACCGGGGGACAGAUGUCCAGACGGACAUCUUUCUGUCCAAUCAACGAGAAGCCUGAUGGCGAAAACGCAGAGGAUUCUGGGAAAACAGCGGUGGUGUUUUCUCUGAAAAACGAGGUCGGCUAUCUGGUCAAAGCGCUCAGACUCUUCCAGGAGAGACGGGUCAACCUGAACCACAUCGAGUCCCGGAUGUCGAAGCGGGUUCCUAACGAGGUGGAGAUCUUUGCCGACUGCAAAUGCAGCAAGAAAGAGUUUAACGAGCUUCUGCAGCACCUCAAAGAUCACGUCAACAUCAUCUCCUUCAACACGCCUGCACAUGUUUGGUCAGCUGAGGCAGAUGAAGAGGACGUUCCCUGGUUUCCCAUGAAAAUCUCAGAGUUGGAUCAGUGUUCACACAGAGUGUUGAUGUACGGGUCGGAGUUGGAUGCAGAUCAUCCUGGGUUUAAGGAUAACGUUUAUCGUCAGCGCAGGAAGUACUUUGUGGAGGUGGCCAUGAACUACAAAUUUGGGCAGCCCAUCCCUCGGAUCGAGUACACCUCCGAGGAGGUGAAGACGUGGGGCGUCGUGUUCCGAGAGCUGACCAAGCUGUACCCGACCCACGCAUGCAGAGAGUACCUGAAGAACCUGCCGCUGCUCACCAAACACUGUGGCUACCGGGAGGAUAACAUCCCCCAGCUGGAGGACGUCUCCCGUUUUCUCAGAGAGCGUUCUGGCUUCACGGUGCGACCUGUGGCUGGUUACCUUUCUCCCAGAGACUUCCUGGCUGGUUUGGCCUACAGAGUGUUUAACUGCACUCAGUACAUUCGCCACAGCACCGACCCCCUCUACACACCAGAACCAGACACGUGUCAUGAGCUGCUGGGUCACGUUCCCUUGCUGGCCGACCCAAAGUUCGCCCAGUUCUCCCAGGAGAUCGGCCUGGCCUCUCUGGGAGCGACGGAUGAGGACGUCCAGAAACUGGCCACGUGUUAUUUCUUCACCAUCGAGUUUGGACUCUGCAAACAGGACGGUCAGCUCAGAGCUUAUGGAGCGGGAUUACUGUCAUCCAUCGGAGAGCUCAGGCAUGCUCUGUCUGAUAAAGCCUGUGUGAAGAUGUUUGACCCAAAGACGACCUGCAACCAGGAAUGUCUAAUCACCACCUUCCAGGAUGUUUAUUUUGUCUCUGAGAGCUUCGAGGAAGCCAAGGAGAAGAUGAGAGAAUUCGCCAAAUCCAUAAAGAGGCCGUUCUCCGUGUACUACAACCCGUACACGCAGAGCGUGGAUCUGCUAAAAGACACGCGCAGCAUCGAGAACGUGGUGCAGGACCUGCGCAGCGACCUCACCACGGUCUGCGACGCCCUCGGCAAGAUGAACACCUACCUGGGGAUCUAAGGCCGAAGCAAAUCCACUGCAAAAAAACUAAAUAUUACCAAGUAUUUUUUAUUUGGUUUCUAGUUUAAAUAUCUUGGUUCACUUGAAAUAAAGCAAAAUGAACUUAUAAGUUACUUUUCACAAGAUGUAGAAGCUUGUAUUUAUGGUGCACUGAUAAAUUAGCCCAGAUUUCCUUAAUUUUGGUAGAUCAGUGAUCUUGUCAACCUCAGCAAAGAUUUAAAAAUCAGCCGCUGUCCUCUUCUGCUCUGCAGUGAGAGGUUUGACUGGCAGACCGGCCCAUCAGAUCAUGUCUGCAGUUAAUAAUAGUCAACCCACUGUUGCCAAUUCAAUGACUUCUUGCUACAUUUAGCAACAUUUCAGACAAAAAUCAUUAUCGGCCAAACUUAAGAUCGGUAAUCGGCGAUAAGCCAGAAAACUGCAAUCAGUGCACCCCUAUCUGUAUUACAUAAAUAAUUCCUUAAUAUUGUCACAAUUUAUGACGAGACAUUUUUCCUUGUUAUAAGUGAAAUAGUCCGCCAGUGGAUCUAGUUCCUUAAACGUUACUUCUAAGUUCAUUUUGUCUUAUUUCAAAUGCACCAAGAUGUUCAACUUGAAACUUGAUAAAAAUAUUUAGUAAAAUUUUGUGUUUUUGCAGUGCAGGAGCUCUGACCGGUCCAAUCAAUUGGUUCUGACUUCAGUCUCUCAGAUUAUCAAGCUGCUUCAAGUGUCUGAUUUCAUCCAGUUAAUGUUCGCUCUGCUCAUGUCAAAUGUCUCCUGUAACUGAGUCCAAGCUGUCAGAAUAAAGUGACGAAUCCCCA